UCCCUGGUAUGUUGUUGGUGACUAUGGUUUUGAGGAGUUUGUUCACUGGAUUCUUCAUCGUCAGCAGCCUAUAUCUUCUACUGACCUAUCAAUUUGGAUUAUCUCUGGGAGCACCGGGUAGAGGACAGAACAACCAUCGAUCCAGGAAUAGGGGUUUUGGACGACAUCCAAUUUCACCUCAAUAUGCCCAAAUGAAAAAUGAACCUUUUGUGAGCGAUUUUAUAGUAGAUGCUGAUGACUUCUUCGAAAUUUCCAAGCGACAACAGAACAACCCGGAUGAUUAUGGCCACAUGCGUUUUGGAAGGAAAGGAGAAGAAAUUUCCGACGAUUAUGGGCAUAUGAGAUUUGGUAGAAGUGAUAUUGAAAAUAAAUGACUGACGCUGCAUGAAAUGACUGAAGGAGGUGUCCAUUUACAUUAUACUAUUGAUACAUGUGAUUUUUGAAUAUGUAGGUUAAAAUAAAUAAAAACUCAACUGGCUGGAAUUGUUGUAUAUUA